AUGUCUCAAACCUUUGAUUACCUGGCUGAUUUAAAUGCAAGAAAACUGCAAUGGAAUUUCAAAGUAUAUGUAAUACGUGUGUGGGAACUCCCUAACAGAUACAAUGAAGGAGAAGUUGGCACCAUUGAAGUGAUUAUUGAAGAUAGUCAGGGCACAAGGUUGCAAGUCUCGAUCCCUAAAUCCCUGGUGAGCAAGUGGCGGGGUGUCUUGGUUCAGUUUCAAAUGUACAUUAUGACCAACUUCAUUGUUGUUGACAACCAAAAGGGUAACAUAUCAAGGGGAAAGUAUUUAUUAUUCUUCAGUCAUAGGACAAUCGUCAGUCAUGUUGAGAAUCCCAGUUUUCCGCUAAAUGCUUUUCGAUUUAGAACCAUCCGUGAGUUACUAAAUGCUGAGAAGAUCGAUGACUCUGCAUUGUUUGGAGUUGGUAAAGAAGAUCCAAAAGAGUUGAUCACCAGCAAAGGAAAGGAGACUAAACGACUGGCUGUUAUCUUGGAGGACCUAGAAAACAAUAGGAUUGGGUGCACUAUAUUUGGUGAAAUGGUUGACCAGCUACUUCGUCACAUGCAAGAUGGAAGGGUUGAGCCACUAAUAGUUGUGGUCCAGUAUUUUAAGGCAACCAGAUGGAAUGGCAAGACAUUUGUCCAAAGCCAUUUUGACAUUUCACAGCUGCACAUAGACUCCAACCUUAAAGAUGUUGCUGAAUUUAGGAGCAGGCUGCUUGGCGGUGAACCAUCAUCCUCUGUGAGGAUUAGUCAAGUUCCAUCAAAAACAGCUUGGUCAGGGGUUGAGGAGCUUAAACAAGGUGCUGUGUCAGUGAAAACAAUUGAAGAAGUCCUUAUCCAACAUGAGGAAGGUCCAGCUUGGAUUGCUGCAAGUAUUGUUGCGAUUAAUGUUACGAAGGAUGAUUGGUUCUAUAAAUCAUGUAGAAAAUGUCCAAAGAAAGUAGAAACUCCUAUUGGAAACAGAUAUGAAUGUGGGAAGUGUGGCCAUACACAUGGAUCUGCAGCCCUAAGGUUCAAAGUCGAGGUGAUGGUUUUUGAUGGAACCGGUAGCAUCCGAUUGCUACUAUGGGACAAGGAAACAAGUAUGCUAUGUGGGAAGAGAGCUGAACAGAUUAUGGAGGACGAUGUUAUAGUGGGAGAUGAAUAUCCCAAAACACUUGAUAACAUGAUGGAAAAAAGAGUCCUUUUCAAGAUAAAUAUCAAAGAAGCCAACAUUAAUCAAUUUGAUCAUGUGUACACGAUUAUGAAAAUCUGUGAUGAUGAGGAUAUCAUUGACAAAAAUCUUCCCAAAGAGUUGUCUACUAAUCUUCCGAGUAAUGUCAGUGAAGAUGGCUGCAACAACUAUUUGGAAAUUUCAGAAAAUGUGGCUAAUCUUAAAACUGAUUGUGAUACUGAGUCUUCUAUGGAUGUUGUGGAGGAGUGCAUCUCAUCCCUCAAGUACAAAACACCAUCCAAAAAUAUUACCAAUGGAUUGAAGAAUUCUCCUCUAAGUCUGAAUGAAGAUGAGGAAGAAGGCCAGCUAUCAACCAACAGGUUCAGUAGGAAGAUGGGAAAGAGACAGAAAUGUGUUAACCUUGAUGCAGAUAUAUGA